UGUCUUUAUUCCAAAGUCAGCGAGUGGCAACACUGUUACCUAGUUGGAGCGAAGAUUUCGAAGUGAGUGUACACGCCGACGGUCGCUCUGCCUUUUUAAAACGUUCAAUUUACAAUGGCAGACGAAGCAGAAAGAAUAAAAGCCUGCCAUGCUCUCAUAACGGAGGAGGCGGUGAAGGAGGCCCUGAAGGCGGACAAGGGCCCCGAGGCCCAACUCGCCUCCUGGGAGAUCGAGGACUUCACCAAGAAGGGCGACAAUUACAGCGCGAUGGUGACGAGCGUGAAACUGGACUUCGCUGUGAACGGGGACAACGGAAGCCUCAUUUACAUCGUCAAAGUGAAUCCUUGUCACGGCCGGGAAAUGUUUGAUGACGUGACGCACAAAGUCUUCCUGAAGGAGACAGAAUUCUACGUGAAACUACUGCCUCAGCUGAACGCAGUCUUGGAGGAAGCCGGGAUGGAGCUUUUAGCCUUGCCGAGAUGUUUCUACGGCACAGUCGAGAAAAAGAAGGAACUCCUUUUCUUGGAGGAUUUGAGGCCUCGUGGUUUCAAGAUGUUCGACCGACGGAAGGGCCUAGACGUCGCCCAUGCCUCCCUCGUGCUGGAGGAACUGGCCAGACUCCACGCGGCCUCCCUUCUGCUGGAGAAGAAGGAGCCAGAGUACUUCAAGGGCACAUAUCUCAACAGAGGCUGGGCGCAAAUGUUUGAGGGCGUCUUUAACCUGAGCUUUGUCCUCGGCCAGCACAUAGACAGUGCUAUAACCAUGUUGAAUAAAAUCGGUGGUUACGAGUCGGCUGCAACUUGGGCAGGAAGUCUCAAACCCAAACUCCAAGAAAUUUUCGAGAGGCAAAUGGAACCAAGCAAGUACCAUGUUUUAUGCCACGGGGACGCGUGGAAUAACAACCUUCUUUUUAGCUACAGGGAAGACGGCUCCCCUGAAGCAGUGAUGUUCGUCGACCUUCAGAUGUGCCGACGAGUCUCCUUCGCCAUUGACCUCAACUACCUCCUUUACACGAGCCUCACGGGUGACGUCAGGAAGCCCAACCUGGACGCCCUCCUGGAGACGUACCGAGGCCACUUCAACGCCGCGAUGGAGGCCGGAGGAGCAGGGGCCGAGGGGCGUCUCAGCGAGGCCGAAGUCCUGCAGGAAUUCCGGAGCAAGAAUGUGAUCGGAGCAAUCUUCAUGAUGAUGAUUAUUUGCGUCAUCCUCAUGGAGCCGCAGGACGUGGGGGCUUAA